UCCAGCGCUUCUCUCUCAGUCUUGGGGACUUCUAAAAGAGCUGACAGGCUCCAUGUAGGGCGUGCUAUGACAUCGUCUUUACUCCUCCAUUCCCGCUGGAUUGACCCGGUGAUGUUUCUCUAUGACAACGGCUUGGAUGAUAUGAACAAAGAUAUGGAAGGGUUUGUGGGAGGCAAUUUUGCAGCGAAUCAGUGCAGGAAUCUUAUUGCCCACCCGUCUUCUUUGGCCCCGAGCACAACCUACACAUCGAGUGAGGUACCAGGGUCGGGCAUGGGAGAACCUGUCAAACAAUGUAGUCCAUGUUCAGCCGUGCAGAAUUCUCCCGGUGCCUCAUUGCCCUAUGGAUAUUUUGGAGGCAGCUACUACCAGUGUAGGAUGCCCAAGUCCUGCACGCAGCCCUCCUCCUAUGGGGAAAAAUACAUGGACGCGUCUGUUUCUGGAGAGGAGUUCCCUUCUCGGGCUAAGGAAUUUGCUUUCUACCAGGGUUACUCAUCUGGCCCCUACCAGCCUGUACCGAGUUAUCUUGAUGUACCGGUCGUACCUGCGCUGAGCGCCCCUGCGGAACCCAGACACGAGACUCUUCUGCCUGUUGAGACUUACCAACCCUGGGCGAUCACGAACGGAUGGAGCAGUCCAGUGUACUGCUCAAAAGACCAAACACAGUCCAACACCCUGUGGAAAUCGUCCAUUCAAGACAGUGUGUCGGGUACCGAUGGAGCCUCAGGUCGUAGAGGGAGGAAGAAGCGGGUUCCCUACACCAAGGUUCAAUUAAAGGAAUUAGAACGAGAAUAUGCCACAAAUAAGUUCAUCACAAAGGACAAACGAAGAAGGAUAUCUGCUCACACAAACCUGACCGAACGACAAGUGACCAUCUGGUUUCAAAACAGGCGGGUGAAAGAGAAGAAAGUGGUCAACAAGUACAAGGGCAUCAGUUAAAAAGAAUCUGAAAGAUUUUUUUUUUUAACUGAUAUAACAAAGGGUACAAAUGGAAGGACCUUCAACAUUAUUUAUUCUGAAAUACAUGCCGUCAUCUGUUUCACCUCAAGAGACAGUGAAAUAUAUUGAUGGAACGCUGAAAGAAACUGCUCAGAACAACAUAUUCACCACUUCAUUUUGUCCCCCCAUUUUACUUCUUUAAGAGAAAAACGUGAGAGGAAUAUAGACUAAACUAUUUUCGCCACAUUGAAAGAAAGUCACUGAAGUAAGCAGAAAAAACCAUGGCAAUUACAUUUUUUUUGUUUCAUUUUAUUUUAUUUUAUUUUUGUAUUGACCACGUUUCCACAUGUAGAAAACACAACUGUACCUUUGAGACUGUGGAUUUGCAUGUUGAUCGAGGAGGCGAGAAACUACAUCUGAACCACGCCAUGAUAGAUUUUACGCAUAUUUGUAAAUAAAAAGCCACUUUCAGGCACCUUGCGAAAUAUAAAAAUGUCCAUGUGUUACUGCAGACAAUAUGCAAAUAAAACUCCCCAUAUGUGUAUUCAGAUUUAUUUCUUUUCCAUUACUCAAAAUGUUCCCGUUGUCCUAAACGAAAUAUUCCUAACAAAUUAUUCGUUUAGGCUAAAUAAUAAGAAUCACUCCAAUUCAAACUCUAUUGCCAGCCAAGAGCAAAUAAGGUACAACAGAAAAUAUAAUAUCAUGUGUUAAACCGGGGAUUUUGUCUUAUUCUAAUUGACAAAAUCAUAGACAGUAGACCUAAAUUAAAUCCCUAAAAUCCAGAAUAAAAUGUCCUUCAACAAUCAUUUUCCAUGAGCUUUAUGGUGCUGCCAUCUAGUGGCACAAGUAAGUCUUUGCAGUAACUUCCAACCCCAGUUCAUUCAGAGGUAAUACAAAAGAAAGAAAGAAAAAAUUAUAUCCUAAUGCGAGAUUGCAUUAAUAUCUAACAUCAUGAGAUGUUUGUAUUAAUACCAGUAUCAAAUUAAGGAAAACCAAAUCAGUUUAAAAUCAUCUGAAACGAAGAUAACUUUAGAAGGAGUGACUUGUGUCGGUAUAUCUUGAUCUUUUACACAACAUUAAAUACACUUGUUUCUUUCUCUCACACAAGCUUUAUAAACGUUUUUUGUUAAUUAUUAUUAUUAUUUAUCCGUAACUUAUUUUCUCACGAUAUUAUACGGCCUAAAUGCAGCAAAAAUAAUGGUGUUCAUUUAGCUUUUGGAGAAGCUACUGCUCUCACUCAGGUCUUUGUUUCAUGUAUCUUGCAUUUAUUCAACAGAUCAACACAAUGAAAUAAGGUUUUAACAGUUUAAAUGUAAAAUGACUUGAAAUAAAGUCUAUAACAUUAACACAAACAAACAAAUAAGAAAUAUUAUUGUAAAUAUAAAACGUAUAAUAGAUAUAAGACAAAUAAACAAUAAAUAAACGUUUGCAGUUAAAUAAUCUUCUGUGUUUUAACGUAUUGAUUCUGCGAACAUUUAAAGAGAAUAAAGUGACAAUGAAACUUGGAAAUUAAAUAGGCUAUAACAUACACAAAACAACAGGUCACGUAUAUACAACAGAAGCCUUGGGUUAGUCUUACCCACAUGUAACAAAUCAAAAAGUAAAAAUAAUAAUAAUAAAAAACAAUUAAAAAUACAAUACAAUU